GCGGCGGAAGCGGCGGCGGGGACGGGCCGGGCCGGGCUGGGACGGGCGGAGCGUCCUGAGGCUCCCGAGGCUCCCGCCGCCCCCGCACCAGGUCCCGCCGCCCGCAGACCGGGCCCCCGCCGCCACCGGGCCAGGCACCGGCACCGGCACCAUGUCGGUGGCGGGGCUGAAGAAGCAGUUCUACAAAGCGACCCAGCUGGUCAGCGAGAAGGUCGGAGGGGCCGAAGGGACCAAGUUAGACGAUGACUUCAAGGAGAUGGAAAAGAAAGUGGACGUGACCAGCAAGGCGGUCACAGAAGUACUGACCAGAACCAUAGAGUACCUCCAGCCCAACCCAGCUUCCAGAGCCAAGCUCACCAUGCUCAACACGAUGUCCAAGAUCCGCGGGCAGGUGAAGAACCCCGGCUACCCCCAGUCCGAGGGGCUGCUGGGGGAGUGCAUGAUCCGCUAUGGGAAGGAGCUGGGAGAGGAUUCCAACUUUGGGGACGCGCUCCUCGACGCCGGCGAAUCCAUGAAACGCCUGGCGGAGGUGAAGGACUCGCUGGACAUCGAGGUCAAACAGAACUUCAUUGAUCCCCUGCAGAACCUGUGUGACAAGGACCUGAAAGAGAUCCAGCACCAUCUCAAGAAGCUGGAAGGGAGGCGCCUGGACUUCGACUACAAGAAGAAGCGACAGGGCAAGAUCCCCGACGAGGAGCUCCGGCAGGCCAUGGAGAAGUUUGAGGAGUCCAAGGAAGUGGCAGAGACCAGCAUGCACAACCUCCUGGAGACAGAUAUCGAGCAGGUGAGCCAGCUGUCAGCCCUGGUGGAUGCCCAGCUGGAUUACCACAGGCAGGCCGUGCAGAUCCUGGACGAGCUGGCCGAGAAGCUCAAGCGCAGGAUGAGGGAGGCCUCCUCACGUCCCAAGCGGGAAUACAAACCCAAGCCCAGGGAGACGUACGACUUCAGGGAGACUGACCAGUCCAACGGGGGCUUCUCCUGCAACCCCACCCCCAAAGUCUCAGCAGCUUCCGCCUCUUUCCGGUCGGACAAGCCGUCCCGGGCCUCCGUCAGGAGUAUCCCCCCCCUGGACCAGCCCUGCUGCAAAGCCCUCUACGACUUCGAGCCCGAGAACGACGGCGAGCUGGGCUUCAAGGAGGGCGACAUCAUCACCCUGACGAACCAGAUCGACGAGAACUGGUACGAGGGGAUGAUCCACGGCCAGUCCGGCUUCUUCCCGCUCAACUACGUGGAAGUGCUGGUCCCGCUACCUCAGUGAGACGGCGCCGCUCCGCCCCGAGUGUCCCGAGCUCCAUUCCAGCUCCAUCCUCGCCCUCCCCGCCUCACCUCGGGGCCAGGCGCUACCAGGGAACAAACCAGAAGGGUCCCACGGCCCCUUCCCCCCGUGAAUUUGUUGGUUUUUUGUUUUUUUUGUUUUUUUUUUUCCUUUGUCCUUCUGGUGCUUGAACUUCGGUACUUUGUGCGCCCCCAGCCCUGGCCGUGCCACCGGCACUGCCCUGUCCUUGUCCCUGUCCCUGUCCCUCCCCAAUUCCCGUCUUCCCUUUGGGUCCAGCGCCCGGAUGAGGCAGGUGGGAGAGCCGGGAUGUGUCCUGGACACACGGAUCAGGCAGGUGACAGAGCUGGGAUGUGUCCUGGACACACGGAUCAGGCAGGUGACAGAGCUGGGAUGUGUCCUGGACACACGGAUCAGGCAGGUGACAGAGCUGGGAUGUGUCCUGGACACACGGAUCAGGCAGGUGACAGAGCUGGGAUGUGUCCUGGACACACGGAUGAGACUGGGCUGUGUCCUGGACACACGGCCCCGGGGCAGGGCAUCCCCAGCCCCACCCUCGCUGCCCCUGUCCCCACGGAUCUCCAGAGGGAUCCCAGAGGGAUCAGGGGAGGGGAGCUGGAGCACAGCAACACUAAAACACCCAGUGAACACUAAAGCAGCCCUGCAGGGCAGGUGCUGAGCCCUGCCUGGGGUUUGGAGCCAUCCCUGUCCAUCCUGGAUGGGAUGUCCCCUCCUGCCUGGCCCCCUCCCCACAGAGCCCAACCCCUCUCAGCUCAGCAGGUGGGGCUGCUCCUUCUGCCCGUGUUUUAUUCCUGGACCUCAGGCUUUUCCUGCUACAAACUCUCCCAAGUCGGUCACACCUGGAGGAUCAUCUGGAACUGGGCCACCGCCCGGGGUGUCUCUGUGGUGGAGCAGAGGUCGUGGCUCCUCUGCCCAGGGCUCUGCCCAUUCCCCCUUCCCGGGGAUCCUCCUGCAGCUGGAGCUCAGCUGGCCCUCACGUGCCUUCCCUGCGCCCCCACCCUGCCCACAUCACCCUCCCUGGGGGGCAACACACCCCCUGUGCCCCUGGAUUGCUGGGAACAGGGAUGGUUCAUCUCAGUGUCACUUCUGCCACCCCUUCUCCCUGAGCUGUGCUUUUCCUGGCCAGGAGGUGGGGACGGGCUCGGCAUGGGGCAGCAGGGCAGCACUCGCCCCAGCGCUUGCUGGGCUCCGUGGUUUUCCUUGCUACAAAAGUGGGUUUUUCCCCUGGUGGGGCUGGGACGAGCCCCAGCCCUGCUCUGUGAGCCCCAGCUCUGUGCAGGGCUGUGCUGCAGCACCCCUGUCCCUGCUGCUCCCGGCUCCUGAUCCCCUUCUCUGUAAGGAUUUGGUCCGUGCAUGUCCACGUGUGUCUGACCCCCACGCCCCGAGCAGUGACCCCGGCCCCAGGGGGGGCACAGGGCAGCCCCCCCUGCUCCCAGCAGGGCAGGGAGCCCAAGGGACCGGAGUCCUGGGGUGUCCCCUCCCCGGUGGGACCAGGGUCACGUCCCGGGGACACCGGCUCCCGCUCAGGUGGAUUGAAACGCGUUCUGUCAGCUGGGACACCUCGCUAGAUCUUUUUGUUUGUUUGUUUUUUUGUAAUGGUUUCUCCUGGUUUUUAGGGGGAAAAAAUUGAUGACCCACAAUUCUUGACUUGUAUCUCUGAAUGAAAGUAUUAAAUGUUUUCUUCUUUCUAA